AUAUUGAUGAAUGUUCCCGCGACCCAUCUCCCUGCGACCCCAACUCCAUCUGCAGCAACAUGCUGGGCAGUUACACCUGCAUGUGCCAGGCAGGAUACCUCCCACCCAGCAAGUCCGGCGCCCCCUUCAGCUGCACAGAUAUUGAUGAAUGUUCCCGCGACCCAUCUCCCUGCGGCCCCAACUCCACCUGCAGCAACACGCUGGGCAGUUACACCUGCAUGUGCCAGGCAGGAUACCUCCCACCCAGCAAGUCUGGCACCCCCUUCAGCUGCACAGAUAUUGAUGAAUGUUCCCGAGACCCAUCGCCCUGUGGCCCCAACUCCAUCUGCAGCAACACGCCAGGCAGUUACACCUGCAGGUGCCAGGCAGGCUACGUCCCUCCCAGCAAGUCUGGUGUCCGCUUCAGCUGCACAGAUAUUGACGAAUGUUCCCGAGACCCAUCUCCCUGCGGCCCCGACUCCAUCUGCACCAACACACCGGGCAGUUACACCUGCAGGUGCCGGGCAGGCUACUUCCCACCCAGCCAGCCUGGCGCCCCCUUCAGCUGCACAGAUAUUGAUGAAUGUUCCCGCGACCCAUCUCCCUGCGACCCCAACUCCAUCUGCAGCAACAUGCUGGGCAGUUACACCUGCAUGUGCCAGGCAGGAUACCUCCCACCCAGCCAGUCCGGUGUCCGCUUCAGCUGCACAGAUAUUGACGAAUGUUCCCAAGACCCAUCGCCCUGCGGCCCCGACUCCAUCUGCACCAACACACUGGGCAGUUACACCUGCAGGUGCCGGUCAGGCUCCCUCCCGCCCAGCCAGCCUGGCGCCCCCUUCAGCUGCACAGAUAUUGACGAAUGUUCCCGAGACCCAUCACCCUGUGGCUCCAAUUCCAUCUGCACCAACAUGCCGAGCAGUUACACCUGCAGGUGCCGGGCAGGCUACCUCCCACUCAUCCAGUCUGAUGUCCAUUUCAGCUGCACAGAGGUCACUUCAAAGUGCCGGGCCCAUUUCUUAGAUGAGAACGAUCUGGUGAGGAAAUCCCAGAACCAGAGUCUGGACACAGCUCACGGCUCAUCUCCAGAGGAUGCCGCCUACUGCUCUUUACUGAAAUCCACCUUCCGGGCCUUGGCAGAGCCCUGCAAAGAGAAGAACUCAACCGUGUGUCUGGAGAAAGCUGCUGGGGGAUUUGCCUCCGUCCUGGAGCAGACGUCCUCCGGGUCGAACCUGAGCACAGAAUCAGCAGCUCGUAGGAGAUUGGCUGACAGUUCCUGGAAAGCUGCUGGGGGAUUUGCCUCCGUCCUGGAGCAGACGUCCUCCUGGUCGAACCUGAGCACAGAGCAGCUCUCCGUCUUCGCCACCAUCGUCCUGCACAACGUGGAGAGGAUUGUGAUGGACAUUCUCACCAACCCCACCGAGAACGGGAACUUGACCUUCCACGCAGAGCAGCUGGAUGUCCGGACCACAUUAAUCGGGGACGGCUGCAGCAGGGAGGACUCAGUCAUCAGCCUGAGAGCCAAAGGAGACACCAUGGAGAUUAGCUGCAGAAUGGUUCAGGGAUCAACAGCACAAGGCGCGGCUGGAGUGGCUUUUGCCUCCUAUGAAGGCAUGGAAACCAUCAUGAACGGCAGCUUCUUCCAAGGCCAGAAGGCCACCUCUGGCCGCACCAUCCAGAUGAUUUCCAGGGUGGUGAGUGCCUGGCUGACCAGCCAGACCAAGAUCAAAGUCACAGAUCCAGUGAAUUACACCUUCCAGCACAUCAUGCCAAGCAACUGCUCCGAGAAGCCCGUCUGUGUCUCAUGGGAAACCACAGCACAGGGUGGCAGCUGGUCUCCGGCAGGGUGCAGGAUCCUGAGCUCCAACGCCACCCACACCACGUGCAUCUGCAACCAUGUCUCCAGCCUGGCCGUCCUCAUGGCAUGUGGGGAGAUAAUGGCAGAUUUCCUGCUAUUCCUCAUCACCCACGUCGGACUGGCCCUCUCCCUGCUGUGCCUCCUCCUCGCCAUCCUCACCUUCCUCCUGUGCCGCUCCAUCCGCAACGUCAACACCUCCAUCCACCUGCAGCUCUGCCUCUGCCUCUUUGUGGCCGAUCUCCUCUUCCUCACAGCGGUGGACCGCACCAGGCAUCAGGUGGGCUGUGCCGUCAUUGCCGGCUUCCUGCACUACCUCUUCCUGGCCUGUUUCGCCUGGAUGUUCCUGGAGGCCGUGGUGCUCCUCCUCACCGUGCGCAACCUCGGAGUCGUCAACAAUUUCCACACCCACAGUCCCAAGAUUUGGUUCCUGAGCCUCUUCGGCUACGGAUUCCCCACUCUGGUGGUGGCUGUCUCUGCCACCCUCAUGCCAAAGGCUUACAGCAGGCAGGAGAACUGCUGGCUCAGCAUGGAGAGGGGGUUCAUCUGGAGUUUCCUGGGGCCGGUGUGUGUCAUUGUGGGGAUCAAUUCCAUCCUUUUUGCUGUAACCCUCUGGAUGCUGCAGAGAAAACUUUCCAGUGUCACCUCUAAUGUGUCCACCCUCAAAGACACCAGGCUCCUGACCUUUAAAGCCAUCGCCCAAGUCUUCAUUCUGGGCUGCACGUGGACUUUCGGUCUCCUCCAAACCGGCCCAACCGCCGUAGUCAUGACGUAUUUAUUCAUCAUCCUCAACAGCCUGCAGGGGGUCUUCAUCUUCCUGGUGCACUGCCUCCUCAAUCGCCAGGUGCAGGAGGAAUACAAGCGAUGGUUUACCAGCAAAUCCAAGUCCUACUCUGAGGUCCCCAUGUCCACGUUGGCCACCAGCAGCCAAGUGGGCUGACCUGUGGGCCGGGAGGCAGGAGCUGCCAUCGCGCUGUGGGAGCAGGAGGAGCUUUUUGCAGGACUUCAAUCCGCCUUCAUUAAAGCGCUUGCAGCAGCAGGCUCAGAAUUUCUAAACCAGCCUCCCAUCUGUGGAAUCCAGCCUGUAAAUAGCCGCCAUUUCAUGUAUGCGAGAAGGUCGUGUAGUCUGAAAGUGUGAGAAAGUGAAACAUUUUAUCAUAAAAGAGAAUGUAAUCAUGCUGAAAGUUUCCCCAGUAACAAACAUGCGCAGAGUGACGGUUUGUUAUGUAGCUCCUAUUAUAAGAGGAGUUGUAGUUGUAUUCUAAGGUAGAACACACUUUGGUGGGUUCUUGCUAUGCUGCAGCUUUUCUAAAUAAACUG